UCAAGACAUGUUGGCUCAAGAACUUGAUGGCCGACAGAUUAUAGAGUCCUAAAGUAUCAUUAUCUCUCUUCUUUUUUUUGUACAGCUGCGCCGCCCGGUUUCAAUGGGUGCCGCCCCGAGCCGGCCGAAUCCAUGUGCAAGUACCUCCUUCGUUCCAAUGUGGGUCAUCAGCAUCGAGAAUUUCCAGAAGCUGGAUCACAUGCCGAAGCAUGAAGAGUUGAUGAAAGCUGGAUUGCUGGUGAAGCGACAGGAGACCCACUUCUGCAUUUUUGUGUCUCACCAGUGGCUGGGUACAACACAUCCGGAUCCGCACUUGCGGCAACUUCCGGUUCUCCAGGCAGCUCUCAAGAACAUUUUGACGGGUCGCUGCACGGCACAGAGCGACUUGGCUUCUCAAUUCUUCGGUGAGAGCAAACAGCUUUCGCAGCAGGAACUUCAAAGGCUGCAGAAUGGUUAUAUUUGGCUGGAUUGGUUCAGCAUCCCUCAGGAGGCGGAUCUAGCUGGGUCGCUUCUCGUGGACAAUUUGACAGCGGACGGAACGAACUCGCCGGCAUCAAGCGACAUAGCCCAUCUUCUCAGCGGAUCCAGUGUCUCCAGCGCAACAGAUCAAGAUUUGUACAUCAAGUCCAUCCCUUUCUUUGUGGAGGUCUCUGAUAUUUUUCUGGCGCUCGUUCCGCACCUAUAUCAUCACGAUACCAUGCAGAAGUGCAAUUUCCGCAGCUAUUUGAUGCGAGGAUGGUGCCGCCUGGAGAUGUGGUGCAGCAUCUUGUGCGUGAAGCCCGACCAGCCUUUCCUGGUUGUGAAGGGCAGUGAUGAGGUGGAGUUUGCGACUUCCAUGAUUCUGACGGAUCGCCCGCCCCAUGAGGGCCGCUUUACCCUGAAAGCCGACCGGCAAACCGUUUACUUGGUCAUGAGACGAGCAUUGCAGAACCAGCUCCGUGCGCUGAGAAGCGCUCAACACUGGGACUCGUAUCGCUUUACUCUUGCAAGGAGUGAAACCUUGCUGGGCGAGAAAUCCACUGGGAGGAGCCUGGACACAUUUCUGCGGGACUUUGAGUUCGAAUCACUGGACACGGCCAAGCGCAUCAGAGGCAUUGGUCCAGUAGAGUGUGCCGUCCUAUCCAACGAUGUGUCGAUGAUUCGGCGGUUGGCCGAAGAUGGGUUUGACCUGAGCCGAAAGGUGACUGCAAAGAUCAAUGUGGAGAUUUUGCAACACGGCCGAUCAGCUUUGGACUUUGCUUUGGAGCUUUGCUGGAGAAGGCCAGAAGUGAUUCUGCAAUUGCUGGAGUGCAAAGCAAAUGUCCAUCACACAGAUGACAAUGGAUUUUCUCCAUUGGGUGCGUGCAAAACGGCGGAUGCCGUGGAGUUGCUGUUGAAGUACAGGGCUGAGGUGAACGAAACUUCGGGUCCGCUGCAUUGCAGCCCGCUCUCUCUCUGUUGUGUCAGGUGUGCGCCGGGUGAAGUGAUUGCAAAGCUGAUUCAGAGUCGCGCAGAUGUGAACCCUCCAAGCAAAGCUCUGGGUAGUCCAAACCCUUUGGCGAACCUAGCAGUGUGGUCCUGCUCGAAUCCGCACUGCUUCGAGGCCGCAGAUCUCUUGUUGGAUGCAAGGGCUGACAUCAAUAUGUGCUGCGAAGCCCAAGGCAUUUUCAAGGCAAUCGAGAUGUUCAGCAGAGCUCGCAUACAGCUCUUGGGGUCUGAUUCUCUACUGGUCCAUUUUUUCGCCGAAUGGACGACAACUCCGGUGGGCUUCGCUUGCUUCUACGGUGGUGCUGAAUUCGUGGAAUUUCUACUGGCCAAAGGUGCCGAUCCCCACAAGCAGAAUGCGCGUGGGAACACGGCCUUCCAACUUGCUCGUGGGCAAAGUGUUCUGAAAGUCAUAGAGGACUUCAGGUCUGUUUGAACAACGCCCAAAGCCGAUUUUGAUUGUCCCA